GCCUUUAUCAAAGAAGUUCCAAUUCAGCUACUUGACAAAGAUACAGAAUCCCAUUCCCAUCAAGUCGUAGUUAAUAUAAAGAACUGCAAGAAGCUAGCAGCUACUUGCGAGGAUCAGACCCACCCUCAUCAAGUCGUAGUUAAUGAUUGUGCAAGAAG